UUUAUAAAUUAUUGUCAUUAAGUUCUUUCUGGACUUCCUAUCUCCCAUAACAUAAUUUUUCAUCUUUCUUUUCUAUGUUUUCUUUUUCUUAAAGAUGGGGUUUCACCAUGAUGGCCAGGCUGGUCUUGAACCCCUAACCUCAGGUGAUCCACCCACCUCAGCCUCCCAAAGUGCCUGGCCCUGUUUUUUUUUUUGUUUUCAUCUUUCAUAUAACAAAGGCCAUGCCAAUUUUAAAUCAACAUUUUAUAGAUAUCCUUGCUGAUCAUAAAUCUGACAUAGAAACUUUGUGUUCAAAAUGUUCUUUUACACUGUUCUGCUAAUAAGGAGAAAAUAAACUAUUAAUAGAAGCUGGCUUGUCAAAAUCCAGGUAUGAUAAGUAUCUCUGGACCAGAACAUGUAGUAUUAUGUAAAUAUUUCCCCGAGAGAUAGAUAUUUGUAGUUUCCUUCUUGUUUGAAUCCUGGUAGAGUUUGUUCUUUUCUUUGCUCCCAUCAAUAUUUUGCAGAUAGAGAGGAAGUUAGAACUGAAUGAUCCAAGCCUUAUGCAAUUAGCCAUUUGGAAACUGCCAUAUAAACAGUAAAGAGGAGAAUCAGCUGGCAUGACUUCCAGUGAGCAGUUUUGGGGAAGAAGAAUGGUCUUGAUUGCCUUUCAUUGGGCAUACAGGAAAGCAGAGUUGGCUUUCACCUCUUCAUCUGGCCCCCUAGGCAAGCUCCAAGCAGACCAUGCAGAUACAUUUUAUCUUGCUACUCUAAUCUUUUCCUCCUGAAAGGGUUUGUUUGAAUGCAAAAGGUUCCCUGUUUCCUUGGCAUGCUAAGGACUCCCUUGUUUCCCAAGGCUAUGGAAAAGAGAAAAAUGGAAAGUGGAGAGAAAUAACGGAUGUAAUUACUCUGCAGCUGGUUCCGCAACAGUUAAAUACUUGAUGUUCUGACCUGUAAACAAAGCAUGGGGACAUUUCUAGCAGCAGCAUAUGUUCCCUCUAGACCCCUGUGUCUUCCUAAUUGAACUUCAGAGAUUAAUGCCACAAGAAUUUGUCAUGGAAUGGCACAGCCUGGUUCUAAAAAACCUGCCCCACUUCCAAGGCAUGGGUCCAAGAGAAUGGUUUUGCACUAAUUGCUCUUUGUGUAUAAAUUUCCUCUGAAUAAUCUGGAGGUAAAUCAGAAAUGGGGAGAAUUGUAGCAGAUCUACUGUGAUGAAAAUGAAGAGGAAAUCAGUGAGAUUAUGGGGGAGAUGUGGAAUUUCCAUCUGCCAGGGAAUUGCCUUUGCCCAAAGCACAAGGGGCAGUUGACCCCCCUGCUAUGUUCUUGUUGAGGAAAUGUGGGUUUCCACUUUGCGGAAGUUGAGGUGAUCAACAGAUUUUUCUUCUUUCCCCCUCUUCCUCUAAACUUUCCUCUAAUUUUUCUUCUUUCCCCCUCUUCCUCUAACUUUUUAUAGUUAGUAUGCAAGUAUUGGCCUUGGAUUAAACUGUAAACUCUAACCAGGACUUGCACACAGUAGACACCUGCUUGACCAACAUCUGCUGAACUGAGCGGCAAGAAUUCACAGUCACAAUAGAAACCAAGUAAUCAGGACUUCCUCUCCAUUUUGCUUGGUUCAGCCUUCGGGGCUGGGUGAAAGGGUGUUGUUUACUUGCACUAGCUAGAGGUGAUGUGUGUGUGUGUGUGUGUGUGUGUGUGUGUGUGGUGGGGUAGGCAGAAUUAGCUGUCAAACUUAAAGGACAAGAUGAAGAGAAAAUAGGAGGAUAAAUGGAUAUUCCUUUAGCUCAGCAUUUGUGAUGUAGGACAGAAUCUAUUGUACAGAAUUGGGAAGGCAGCUCAGAACUCACCCCUUGAUAGCUGAGUGAAUGCUGGCUCUCUUCUAGAGGGUGCUGUGCAGCUAACAUGGUGGCCUGGGGGAGUGAUGGAAGGCCCAUAUACUUUGACUUCUCAUAAACUCCUAUGGCAGGUUUUUAAUAACUGAUAGAAUAAGUAAACAGAAAGUCAAUUAGAAUAUAGAAGACCUGAGCAUUACUACUAGCCGACUAGUAGUAAUGACAUUUGUAGAACCCUCUAUCCCCAAACAGCAGAAUACACCAGAAUAUACAUUCUUCUCAAGUGCAUAUAGGACAUCUGCCAAGAUAGAUGAUAUUCUGGGCCAUAAAAUGGGUCCCAAGAAGUGUAAAAGAUUUUAAGUCACACAGAGUAUGUCUUCUAACAAUGGAAUUAAAUCGGAAAUCAAUAGGAAAAUUCUUCAAAAAUCCCCAAAUAUUUGGAAAUGAAAGAAUAUAAUUUUAGAUAGCUUAUUGGUCAAGGAAGAUGAAAAGGGAGCUUAGAAAAUAUUUUGAGCUGAAUGAAAAGGAAAAUACAACAUAUCAAAAUUUAUGGGAUGCCGCUAAAACAAUACUUAGGAGGAAAUUCAUAGCACUAAGUGAUUGUAAUGGAAGAAGAAAGAUUUGAAAUCAAUGACCUUAGUUUUCCACCUUAGGAAAUAAGAGCACAUUAAACCCAAAGCAAGCAGAAGAAAGGAAAUCAUAUGUAUGUGUUAAAAUGAAACAUUCCAUGCAGUAAAAUUAAAUUUUGGGGGGUGGGGGGAUGUUUACAGUUCAAUGAGUUUUUAUGUGUGUGUGUGUGUGUGUGUGUGUGUGUGUGUUUGUUGUUUACAGUUCAAUGAGUUUUUGUGUGUAUGUGUGUGUGUGUGUGUGUUGUUUUGUUGUUGUUGUUGUUGUUUUUGAGACAGUUUCACUUUUAUUGCCCAGGUUAGAGUGCAGUGGUGAUCUCGGCUCACUGCAACUCUGCCUCCCGGGUUCAAGAGAUUCUCCUGCCUCGGCCUCCCGAGUAGCUGGGAUUACAGGCAUGUGCCACUACGCCUGGCUAAUUUUUUGUAUUUUUAGUAGAGGCGGGGUGUCUCCAUGUUUGUCAGGCUGGUCUCAGACUUCUGACCUCAGGUGAUCCGCCCAUCUCAGCCUCCUAAACUGCUGGGAUUACAGGCGUGAGCCACCGCGUCUAGCCAGUUCUGUGAGUUUUAAAACAAAUGUAGACCACCACCAACACAUUGUAACCACCAGCACGAUCAAGAUACAGACGUGUUCCAUCACUUCCCACAUUCCCUCAGGCUGUCCCUUCAUGGUCCAACCCUCCCCUAACCCCAAGCCCUGGCAAUCACUGACCUGUUCUCUCACACUAUAGUUUUGCCUUUCCUAGAGCGUCAUAAAUGGAUUCAUACGCUAAGUCCCCUUUAGAUAAAGUUGGCUUCUCUCACUUGCAUAAUGCAUUUUCGAUUUAUUCAUAUUGUUGAGGGCAGCUGGGUGAUCUUGGCUCACGGAAGCCUCACCCUCCCAGGCUCAAAAAGUCCUCCCACCUCAGCCUCCUAUGUAGCUGGGACUGUAAGCCGGGACUGUAAACCCGGCCCGGGGCACGGCGGGGAGGUUGCGGCGCCGCAGCCGAAGCAGUCAGCUCCAGGGGGCGCCAACUCCGCGGCCUUGGCAGCGAGAUUCCCCCCAACAGUAGCGAGAUUCCCCCCAACGGUCGCGAGAUUCCCCCCAACGGUCGCGAGAUCCCCGCAACGGUCGCCACAAACACCAUGGACAACGCUCCCGCCAAGAAGGACACCAAGCAGGAGGUGAAAGAGUUCCUAGCCAGAGCCAAAGAAGAUUUCCUCUACAGAUGGGAACACCCUGUUCAGAACACCGCCAGCUCGGAUCAGUUUGAACUGCUCAAGACGCUGGGCGCGGGCUCCUUCGGGCGGGUGGUGCUGGUGAGGCACCAGGAGAGCGGCGGCCACUACGCCAUGAAGAUCCUCAACAAGCAGAAGGUGGUGAAACUGAAGCAGGUCGAGCAAGUCCUGAGCGAGAAGCGCAUCCUGCAGGCGAUCGACUUUCCGUUCCUUGUCAAGCUCCAGUUCUCCUUCAGGGACAACUCCAACCUGUACCUGGUGAUGGAGUACGUGCCGGGUGGGGACAUGUUCUCCCGCCUACGGCGCGUCGGAAAGUUCAGAGAGCCCCAUGCCUGUUUCUGUGCAGCCCAGAUCGUCCUGGCCUUCCAGUACCUGCACUCGCUCGACCUCAUCCACCGCGACCUGAAGCCCGAGAACAUCGUCAUCGACCAGCAGGGCUACCUGCGGGUGACGGACUUCGGUUUCGCCAAGCGCGUGAGGGGCCGCACUUGGACCCUGUGCGGGACCCCCGAGUACCUUGCCCCCGAGAUCAUCCUGAACAAAGGCUACAGCAAGGCCGUGGACUGGUGGGCCCUGGGGGUGCUCACCUAUGAGAUGGCCAUGGGCUUCCCGCCCUUCUAUGCUGACCAGGCGGUCCAAAUCUACCAGAAGAUCGUCUCUGGGAAGGUGCAGUUCCCCUCCCACGUCAGCUCUGACCUCAAGGACCUGCUGCGGAACCUGCUGCAGGUGGACCUCUCCAAGCGCUUCGGGAACCUCCGGAAUGGGGUCGGCGACAUCAAGAACCACAAGUGGUUCACCACAACCAAUUGGAUUGCCAUCUAUGAGAAGAAGGUGAAAGCUCCCUUCAUCCCGAAGUUGGCAGGCCCUGGGGAUGCCAGUAACUUUGACAACUACGAGGAGGAAGAGAUCUGGAUCUCCAUCAACGAGAAGUGUGCCAACGAGUUUUCUGAGUUUUAGGGGUGUGCUUGUGCCCCUGUGGGUUUUCUUUUUUCUUUCUUUCUUGUUUUCUCUUUGGUGAGUGGGUGGGGGGUGGGUGGGUGGCAGGGUUGGACUGAACAGCCAGAGGGCCCCAGAGUUCCUUGCAUCUAGUUUCAUCCCCACCCCACCUUCCAGGGUUGGGGAAGCAGGAAGCCCAGAUAUUUAGAGGGACAGAAACACCAGCUGCUCCCUCACCCAUUAUGCCUUCCUGGGCCCUCUGUGUUUCUCCCUUCCUCCUCCCACAGAGUCCCCCUUGCCCCAGCCCACUUCUAUCUGUUGUAAACGAGUUUCUCAGCUCUAUUCAGGCCAGGUCUUGCUGAUGUAUCCAGGAACAGGGUAUGGGAAGAGGGGCUCACACUUAACUCCAGCACGAAACAGGCACCACUUGCUAAGAUAGGAUGAAUGAAAAGCACACCUCCUUUCAGAGUAAUCCUGCCUGGGAAGGAGAGAGGUUUACUGCCAUGUUCAGUGGGCUGCUUGCUAAAAUCAAAAAUUAAAAAAAUAAAAAUCUUUAAGUUCCACCAGUGUCCCCUUUUCCUCCUUCCUCUACUUUCACCCCUCCCACCCUUCCCAUGUCUCCCCAUUCCCAGAUCCAUUUUAACUAAUCCAGGAAGCUAACUGACUUUGGAAGCAGGCUCUGAAGUUUGAACCUCCCCUCUUGAACUGCUGAUCUCCCCUUCCUGCUCCCCAGGGGCAUCCUCUGCCACUCUUGCAAAGGUCUGUUCCUUCAGGAAGCCUCCACUCUCUUCUUCCCCAACAGACUUUUCUUCACCCUUGGGCUGUGGGAGCCAGACAAAACAGCUGUCCCACUCCCUGCCAAAGAGAAAUUGUCCCCUCAAAAGACAGGGAAAGUCCCAAGCCCAAGUCUUUCUGCACAGCAUCAUUUCCCUGAAACUCCUGAAUUUUAUUUUUGGCCAGAUUGUAAUAUCCAGCUUCCCCUUAUGGGAAGCCACUUGUGCAAAAGGACAUGGAAGGGGCUCAGUCCCUCCACCCUACCUCAUGGCCCAGGGUUCAUGGCUAGGGUUGUUGGGGAGGGGCUGCCUGUUUUCACGGAGCAGCUUCUGCCUCCUCCCAACCUGGGUCCUCUUCCUCCAGCUUAGCUGUCAGCCAUCCUUCACCUCUUCUCUCCUGCUACCCUUGUGCUGUUUUCGAUUUUUUUUUUUUUUUUUUUUUUUUUUUUUGAGAUGAAGUGUUGCUCUUUCGCCCAGGCCUGGAGUACAGUGGCAUGAUCUUGGCUCACUGCAACCUCUGCCUCAUGGGUUCAAGCAAUUUUCCUGCCUUGGCCUCCCGAGUAGCUGGGAUUACAAGUACCUGUUACCACCCCUGGCUAAUUUUUGUAUUUUCAGUAGAGAUGGGGUUUUGCCAUGUUGGCCAGACUGGUCUCAAACUCCUGACCUCAGGUGAUCCUCCUGCCUUGGCCUCUCAAAGUGGUGGGAUUACAGGCAUGAGCCACUGUGUGAGGCCUAUUUUCUUUCUUCAUAGAAAAGUGAGGAGCUGCUGGCAAGCCACCUUAUUCAUCUUCAUAUUUCCCCCUCAUCACUUCUCCCCAUCCCAGAAGGAGCUCUCAGGCCUGGGGUGGGGCUUCAGGUGGGCUUAGGGUGAUUCAACCUAUGUGCUUCAAAAGGAUGAGAUUUCCUCUUGAACAGUGUGCUGUUGUAAACAUCUGUCAAAAUUAUUACCAAUAAGGCCGGGUGCUGUAAUCUCAGUGCUUUGGGAGGCUGAGGCGAGUGGAUCACUUGAGGUCAGGAGUUUGAGACCAGCCUGGCCAACAUGGCAAAACCCCUUCUUUCUCUACUAAAAAUAAUGCAAAAAUAGCCAGGCAUAGUGGCAAGCACCUGUAAUCCCAGUUACUUGGGAGACUGAGGCAGGAUAAUCAAUGAACCCAGGAGGCAGAGGUUGCAGUGAGCUGACAUCACAUCACUGCACUCCGGGUGAUACAGCUAGACUCUGUCUCAAAAAAACAAACAAACAAACAAAAAAACAAGGCCAGGUGCGGUUCCUUACUUCUGUAAUCCCAGCACUUUGGGAGGCCAAGGUGGGCAGAUCACGAGGUCAAGAGAUUGAGACUAUUUUGGCCAGUAUGGUGAAAUCCCAUCUCUACUAACAAUACAAAAAUUAGCUGGGCUUGGUGGUGCGUGCCUGUAGUCCCAGCUACUCAGAAGUUUGAGGCAGGAGUAGUAUCGCUUGGACCUGCGAGGCAGAGGUUGCAGUGAGCCUAGAUUGUGCCACUGCACUCUAGCCUGCUGACAGAGUGAGACUCUGUCUCAAAAUAAAUAAAUAAAUAAAAUCCCGAAAACCAAAAAGCAAAACAAAAAAACAACUAUUACCAAUAAAGUUUUGUUUGAAAAGAACUGGCAAAACUAUAAUGCUGGAAGUCAUAAUAGUGACCUGUGAGGAUGGCAUUGGUCGAGAGGGGACAUGAAAGAUUUAACAGGUUAGCUGAAAAUGUUCUAUAUCUGCUUAGGUGCUGGGCCCAUGAGUAUACACAAAUGUAAAAAUUCGUUGGACCACACAAUUCAUAGCUGUGCACUUGAGCAUAUGUAAGUUAUACCUCAAUGAUUAGAAAACAGUUGAAAAUGUUGAGGUUUUUUCAAACAUGUGAGAUACCAUAGUCAGGCCAUGGGUGAUUCAAGUGGGGAUAGAGGAUCAUAGCCUCAUGGUAUUGAAAUAGCAUUUGAGUUAGGCCUUAAAAUAAAGGUUCUUAACAUUUCUUGGGUCCAGGUCACUGUGAAUUUGAUAAAAAGUAUACUCUUUCUCUUAAUGAAAAAAACCCCCAUAUACACAAAAGCAUAUCCAACUCAUGUAUAUGAUUUUAUGACCCUGUUAAUGUUUAUCUCUGACUCUUCUAGGAAUCAGUGGGUUCUAGGCUAAGAACCCUACUUAGAUAAAUGGGUAGAUUUACAAACGGGAGGGUAAAGAGUGGGAUUCACCUAUGAAAACCUAUGUAGGGCUGGGUGCAGUGGCUCACGCUUGUAAUCCCAGUGCUUUGGGAGGCCGAGGGGGGCCAAUCACCUGAGGUCAGGAGUUUGAGACCAGCCUGACCAACACAGAGAAACUUGUCGUUACUAAAAAUACAAAAUUAGCCGGGUAUGGUGGCACAUGCCUGUAAUCCCAGCUAUCUGGGAGGAAGUUUGUCAAUGUGUGCAUUCAACUUACACUGCUGUGUGUAUGCAGCAGUUUGCGAACGCUUUUGGGAGGCUGAGGCAGGAGAAUCACUUGAACCCAGGAGGCGGAGGUUGCAGUGAGCCGAGAUUGUGCCAUUGCACUCCUGCCUGGGCAACAAGAGCAAAACUCCAUCUAAAGAAAAAAGAAAAGUCAUGUAGUAAAGGAGAGUGGUAGCAUAUAUGGAUACUAGAGAGAGGCAGAGGAUCCUCCAUCAUCCACUUCUGCAGAAUUCCCUGCUGAUAUCCCCAUUUAGGAUGUAAGACAUCCUAGCUUUCCAGCACUGACUCUGCAGUGAUAUUGCUACUUACAUUGAGUAACUAUGGCUCUGGGCUACAUUUACAAAAGUUUACAGCAUGUUUGCUUACAAGAACCAGCUUGUUUUAACUUGAAGUAUUUAACACUGAGCAUCUUACUCAUCAGGAAUAUGUUUCUGCAGCCUUGAUCGUUUUGCUUUCUAAUGAUUUUUCUCCCAGCCUCUUAAUGUCUCUAUUGCUAGGGACACCUACCAAUUGGUGUAAACUGCAUUAAUUGAUUUUUUUUCCAUUUUCAUGCAUCAUGAAACUCAGUUUAUUUAGGAUUUCUGAAUAUCUCAAAUGAAGAGUAUUUGGGUUAUUUUUAAUUAACAAAAGAAAUGUAAAGACCAUAAAUCAUUGGAAUCAAUGUACCACCACAAUUGAGAACAAAAUAUUUUAUUUCUCUCAACAAAACUAUAGUUUACAGUAGUAUUUACUAAAUAAAUUAUAUAAUUUCUCUUUUACAAGCAAUAAACUAGAUCACAAAUAUUUCAAAGACGAUGUAUGUACACGACAUAAGGCCUUUUAUAAAUAGCUUUGCUUUUCUCAUUUCACUAGUAAACAGUGAAAAAAUCUUUAUAGAAGCUAGUUUUCUAUAAAGUAUAGGGAGACCUAUUAUAUUGAUCUUUAAAUGAAACCAAUUUAAACUUUUAAUGACAUGAGCUAUAAUUCUGCAAAAAGAAUUUAUACUUUAUUUACCAUUUGCAUGGAUGGAUUUUAAAAAAUAUAUAAGCAGAUUACAUAUGUUGCUUAUGUGUAAUCACUGGAUGCAUGCACAAUGAAAUAAUGCAAAAGUCCACAGGAAAAUAGCAUUUCCAAGUACAAAAAUGUGAUUGGCAAUGGUAUAGAAAGCAGCUUAAAUAUAGUUCAUGCAGUUCUUCACAGUUCAGCAAGCAACAGCAAAUGACAGAAUAGGGUAGUAUUUUUCACAUCCCAUCUGCUGAUCAGCAUGAAGUUGACAUCUCGAAAACUGUUAACUCAGGUUGAUGACUUCUCUGUGUGUAGUGGGGCUCAGCCAAGUUGCUGUGGACAAUUCUGGAGUGGAGAAACUUCUCUGCCACAACUGUGCUCAUGUCUCAUCCAUGUGGUCAUCCAUGUGCUUAGGUGGUCACCAUUUUCACUUACUGGGAGAGCAAAAAAGAAAGCAGAUAUGAGACAAGGUUUUAGUGCCUUCCCCAUGAGUGGCAACGCAAGUUCAUUAUUUUUCCCAAUCACUUGUAUCUGGAAAAUGAGGUGCAUUUUGUUUGGAAUUCUUCUGCAAUGAUCAGCAUAGCAUAUGCUGCUUUGGCGGACCUGUAACCUGUUAAUUACACCAAUGUUUAUCAAGAUUGAGUCCUGACUACAUCACAGCACUGUGCUCAGGACUUGGAAGGAAGCAACACUGACUAAGACACACUCUUGCCCUCUAAGUGCACAGGGACUAGGGAUGUGCUGUGGUAUAUUAGGUCCAAAGCCAAAAAGAACAACUUAAACAUGGCCUUGAACUUGUAAAUGUUUUUUUCCAAACAAUAUCCCUGUGGCCAGGUGGUAACAAUAUGUUCAGCAAGUAUUUAAAUGGUAGCUAUUGAAAAUCAGAGCCAGCUAACCCAAUCUGUGACAAUUGUACUAUGAUAUAUGUGGGGAAAGCAAUAUUAUAUUCAGUCUUUUCUCCUUUUUUUUUUUUUUUUUUUUUUUUUGGUUGUUGUUGUUUAGAUGGAGUUUCACUCUUGUUGCCCAGGCUGGAGUGCAAUGGUACAAUCUCAGCUAACCGCAGCCUUUGCCCCCUGGUUUCAAGUGAUUCUCCUGCUUCUGCCUCCCAAGUAGCUGGGAUUACAGGUGCCCACCACCACACCCAGCUAAUUUUUGUAUUUUUAGUAGAGAUGGGAUUUCACUGUGUUGGCCAGACUGGUCUUGAACUCCUGACCUCCCACCUCAGCCUCCCAAAGUGCUGGGAUUACAGGAGUGAGCCACUGUACCUGGCUAUGUUCAGUCUUUAGAAACAGACACAUUGGGUCAAAUAAUUUGAUUUCCUAAUUAUUACAUCUAUAGAAUAUUACACAAUGUCUUCUUGGAACCUUGUUGUUUCGUCUCUUAAAUGGAGGUAACAAACUCUAUAGCAUAGUUGUGAGGGAUAAAUUUUUCCAUGGGGAAAAUGAAAUGUGUACACACACACACAAUAUACACAAAUCUUAUAUUUAUAAUUGAGUACUGUGCCUGGCAGGUGUUAGUGCCCCCAAAAUUGUAGCGAAGAAGAUUGGAGCUUAGGGUCACAGAGACAGGUGCAGCUCAGUACCUUUAAUUGGAGGCUGAAAAAACUUGAGUAAAAAGUUUGAAACAACUCUGAAAAUUAUUAGGAAAGAGAACAUGUCACAUACAGGGAAUUCUGUUUAACAAUGAAGAUUUUAUCUGAGCCCAUUGUGCACUGUAAUUUUUAUGAACUUACUAUUUUGUUUUAUACUUUGGCUGCUCCCUCUCAUUCACCUAAGCUAGAAGGGUUUGCUUGCUUAAAUGCGCAGCAUGGUCAUGCUGUUACUCAAAAAUGAUCUUUAGGAAGAGGUGAGUAUAAGGUGCUGUAAGCUAUAGCAGUGGGCAAAUGGGAUGUUGCCCACAUUCCCAGGACAGCUGUCCUUAAGGUGGACUGGUGGACUUCAUUCAGCCUCAGUCUGAUAACUUUGAUGUACGGCGUAGGUCUUUACUUACAAAACUAGUAACAUACAAAAGAACCCACACAGAAUGAUGAGGCCCUACUGAUUAGAAUUAUAAGUCCUGCUUUCUUAAAGGCAAGCAAAACAAAAACAAAGAGUGAUAGUUUUGCUUUCCUCGUCCUAUAGAUCACACUGCAGUUCUGUGUCUUAAUUCCAGUGCCAGACUCUGAGAGGGACAGUGAGUAACCUGAGUGAUGCCUGAGGACAUCCACCAGUGAAGGGUGCCAGAGCCAGGACCCAUGGGAAUGGCUAAAGGCUUGGCGUUUUUUAUCUAGAAAAUAGGAGAGGUAGAAACAGGGCAUAAUAGUUGUCUUUGAGUCUCUGAAGACUAGCCUUGGGGAAGAAAGGCUUAGGUACUAGCUUAGUACCAGUAUUCCUGAAAGAUGUGACAUUGUCACCAGUAAUAGUGGCACAGAUGCUGUGAUUCUGGGGUCAGGAAUCUCAGAAGGUGUGAAGGGCAUAGAGUUGUAAAGCUGCACCCCCUCCACUCUUUCUUCAUUAAGGAUCCUGAAAUUCACAUCCUCCCCAAGUAUAUGACAUGUGUACAUGAUACAAGCCUUCCCCACAUACAUGAGCCCAACAUGCCAUCUGCUGAGACUCAGUGGUUGAGAAUGAUCCCAGAAGCCAGAACCAGGACAACUGCAUGGAAACCAGUUCUGUCUCAAGCUGGAAGUGUUUUCUAAUCAGAAUAAAGAAAUGAGUGGGCUAGGUGUGAUGGCUCAUGUCUGUAAUCCCAGCACUUUGUGAGGCCGAGGUGGGAGGAUCACUUGAGCCCAGGAGUUCAAGAUGAGCUUUGGCAACAUAGUGAGACCCUGUCUCUACAAAAAAUAAAUAAAUAAAUAAAAUUAAAAAGAUUAGCUUGGUGUGGUGGCAUUUGCCUGUGGUCCCAGCUACUCAGGAGGCUGAGGUGGGAGGACUGCUUAAGCCCAGGAGUUUGAGGCUACAAUAAGUUAUGAUCACACCACUGCAUUCCAGCCUGGGUAAUGGAGAGAGACACUAUCUGUAAAGAAAAAAAUAAAAAAAAAGGGGGGGAAGGCUUCAGCACUUGUGGGUAGGUUGGAUCAGAUGACUAUGAAGUUCUGUUUCAACCACAAGAUUCUAUUAAAAAAUUAUCUGUAAAUUUAUACCACUGAAUAGCUCAGAAUACUGUAAACAGUUGGUGACUUAUGCAAUGAGAAGAUCUGAAAAGAAUUUAAUACCUUGAUGUUUCUCAUAAAAUUCAUUAAAUUUAUAGUUUAGUUAAAAAAAAAUACAGGGUCUUACAAUAAUAAAAGAUACUCUUCUCAGUACUAAAAAUAAUGAUUUCCAGUUUUGGUCAUAAAAUGUCCUUUGCAUUCACACAGUAACUUUAGCUUUUUUUUUUUUUUUUAAAUUAAGGAUGUCAUAGAAGUUUCUAUAAACUCCUAUAAACACUCUCAUCCUCAGGGCACAAGAAUGUCAAAAUUGGGUGAGCACUGCCAACUCUCCACCCAUAUUGUAAUGUAAUUCUUGGAUGGCAGGACUGGAUACAUGAAAGUGUCUGUUUUGCAUUAAUUUAUAACCCUAUUAAAAUGAGAUGGGAGGUCCGUGGGAUCUGAAAAAACAGUGUCUUCUUGCUUGUAAAUAUGGCCACAGUGGGAAGUAUGCAGAAACCAUUUUAUUAUUCCUUCCUUGGCAUAACGUGCUAUAAUUUUCCUUUCUUCAAAUUCAUAACUCAGGAGUCCUAUAUGAGCCAUCGCUGCAGAGACACAAACAUCAGUUCUCUACCCUGGAAGGAAAAUCAGAGCUUGAGCUCAUUCUUCAAAGUGUGGUACAUGCAGAAGUUCCUUUUGCUCCCCAACACACAGAUGGACUCCUCAGGGUAUUGCUGCCCACAAGACUAGCAGCUUCUCCUCAAGGUCAACCAAGAUUCAUUCCCAUCCUGACCCAUGGCUGUAGAAACUGAAAUAAGGGCUGGUGCUUUGGCAGAGAAGCCCAACCAGCUCUCAGAGAUGGGACUACAGACCCUGAAGUGACAUUUCAGGUCUGUCCCCAGCUGAACCUCUGUGCACGCAUGUGCGCACACACAUACACACACACAUACACAACUUGCCCACAAAGGUGCAGCAUUUCCUAUACACUGAGAUACUGUGAUAAUUCAUGAACUAUUUAAAAUUCUGAGACCUGACAGCAAAAAGAGAGAUAAUAGUUGACAUAAAAAGUAAAAGUAGAGUAUUUCAGCCUAAAUCCCAGUGGUAUUUAUUCCACACGUAUGUUGGGGUGUAAGAGGGAGAAAAGUGUAUUUUUAUUUCUACCAAAAAUGAAAUGCUUGAUUCUAUGAUUGAAACUAUACAAUAGUACAUAUACAAGUGGUGACAGAUUAUAAAAUUUUUCAAUAUUAAAAUUAAAUAAUUUUUAAACAUUUAUUUUAAAAAGUUAUUUAACAUUAAUUAAACACAUACAGAGCAAUAAGAGAAAACAGCAAAUCAAAAGCAAUCUGUCUGAUAAUUAACUCAGAAGCCCUUUCUAGGGGGCUAACAGCACUGAUUAGAUUCCCUCGAGGAGAGUCCGGGUCGGAAAUACUCCCAGGUGGGCUUCCCAACUCGGAUGGCCUGGGUUUGCUUUUCAGAGCCACAGGAAGGGCAUGAGAAGGUAAGGAGUUUCUUUUCUAAGAAACUUUUCCUAGACUUAUUCCCCCCACCGCUGCUCACCUUUUUCAAUCCUUCCCUUGACAUCCUUGCCCCCAUCAGCCGACUGGCUUAUGAACAUAUUUAGAACUUCUUGAGCUCUAGGGUGUGGUGUGAGGAGGUUGUAGAGCAGUGCUGAUAGAGACGGAACUUCACUAGAGUUGGGCUGGCAGAUAUGAGCAGCACUGACAAGUCCCAUGAGGCCUCUAUGAUCCCUAAACGGUCAACCCUUAGGGAUGAUUUCCCUUUUAACUAUAAUUACCUCAGGUUUCAGUUCCAGGGCCUUAUUAAAGCAAGAGCUUUCUCUGGUGUCCAGGAAAUCCUCACUUUGGUUUCAAGCUGAAAUUCUUUGCCCAAGUAUCUUUGACGAAAGCAUUAGCUUUUCUCUCAGCCAUCAUAGGCUUAAUCUGUAUCUCAUUUUCCUACACACAGCUCCUGUUUCUGUCAUCAGUUCUGAAUUCUCUUUUUUCUCCCCUACUCUGCUCUGUUUCCUUUCUGUUUUCUAUUGUUCUGAUUCUUUUUUUUUUUUUUAAUUGUGUUUGCACAUGCUCUGGGGCACAUGUGCACAUCCUGCAUCCUGCAGGAUUGUUGUAUAGGUACAUACAUGCCAUGGUGGUUUGCUGUCUCCAUCCCUACCCCCACCCCCGUUGCCUACAUCAGGCAUUUUCUCCUGAUGUUAUCCCUCCCCAUUCUCCUGUGCCCCGACUCGCAGUCCCUCCCCUCCACCCACCCCUGAUCUAGCCCUGUGAGUGUUGUUCCCUCCCCUGUGCCCAAGUGUUCUCAUUGUUCAUCACCUGCCUAUGAGUGAAAACAUGUGGUGUUUGGUUUUCUGUUCUUGUGUCAGUUUGCUGAGAAUGAUGGUUUCCAGGUUCAUCCAUGUCUCUACAAAGGACACAAACACAUCGUUUUUUAUGGCUGUGUAGUAUUCCAUGGUGUAUAAGUGCCACAUUUUUUUGGCCCAGUCUAUCAUCGGUGGGCAUUUGGGUUGGUUCCGGGUCUUUGCUGUCGUAAACAGUGCUGCAGUGAACAUAUGUGUGCAUGUGUCUUUAUGACAGAAUGAUUUAUAAUCCUUUUGGUAUGUACCCAGUAAUGGGAUUGCUGGGUCAAAUGAAAUUUCUAUUUCUAGAAACUUGAGGAAUCACCACACCGUCUUCCAUAAUGGUUGAACUAAUUUACACUCCCACCAGCAGUGUAAAAGUGUUCCUUUUUGUCCACAUCCUCUCCAGCAUCUGUUGUCUCCAGAUUUUUUAAUGAUCGCCAUUCUAACUGGCGUGAGAUGGUAUCUUAAUGUGGUUUUGGUUUGCAUUUCUCUAAUGACCAGUGAUGAUGAGCAUUUUUUCAUAUGUUUGUUGGCCGUACAGUUGUCUUCUUCUGUAAAGUGUGUUCAUAUCCUUUGCCCACUUUUGAAUGGGUUUGAUUUUUUUCUUGUAAAACUUCUUUAAUUCUUUGUAGAUUCUGGAUAUUAGCCCUUUGUCAGAUGAGUAGAUUGAAAAAUCUUUUCCAAUUAUGUUGGUUGCCAGUUUACUCUAAUGAUUUUUUUGUUGUUGUUGCUCUACAGAAGCUCUGAAGUUUAAUUUGGUCCCAUUUGUCUAUUUUGGCUUUUGGUGUUUUAGUCAUGAAGUCCUUGCCUAUGCCUAUGUCCUGAAUGGUUUGGCCUAGGUUUUCUUCUAGGGUUUUUAUGGUGUUAGUUCUUAUGUUUAAAUGUUUAAUCCAUCUGGAGUUAAUUUUUGUAUAAGGUGUAAGGAAGGGGUCCAAUUCAGCUUCCUAUAUAUGGCUAGCCAGUUUUCCCAACACCCUUUAUUAAACAGGGAAUCCUUUCCCCAUUGCUUGUUUUUGUCCAGUUUGUCAAAGAUCAGAUGGUUGUAGAUGCGUGGCAUUACUUCUGAGGCCUCUGUUCUGUUCCAUUGGUCUACAUCUCUGUUUUGGUGCCAGUACCAUGCUGUUUUGAUCACUGUAGCCUUGUAGUAUAGUUUGAAGUCAGGUAGCAUGAUGCCUCCAGCUUUGUUCUUUUUGCUUAGGAUUGUCUUGGCUAUGCGGGCUCUCUUUUGGUUUCAUAUAAAAUUUAACGUGUUUUUUUUCCAAUUCUGUGAAGAAGGUCUUUGGUAGCUUGAUGGGGAUAGCACUGAAGCUAUAAAUUACUUUGGGCAGUAUGGCCAUUUUCACAAUAUUGAUUCUUCCUAACCAUGAGCAUGAAAUGUUUUUCCAUCUGUUGUGUCCUCUCUUAUUUCCUUGAUCAGUGGUUUGUAGUUCUUCUUGAAGAGAUCUUUUACCUCCUUUGCUGGUUGUAUUCCUAGGUAUUUUAUUAUCUUUGUAGCAAUUGUAAAUGGGAGUUUGCUCAUGAUUUGGCUCUCUGUCUGUUAUUGGUGUAUAGGAAUGCUUGUGAUUUCUGCAUAUUGAUUUUGUAUCCUGACACUUUGCCAAAGUUGCUUAUCAGCUUAAGGAGGUUUUGGGUUGAGAUGAUGGGGUCUUCUAAAUAUAUGAUCAUGUCGUUUGCAAACAGGGAAAAUUUGACUUCUUCUUUUCCUAAUUGAAUGCCCUUUCUUUCUUUCUUUUUUUUCUUUUUUCUUUUUUUUUUUGCCUAAUUGCUCUGGAUAGAACUUCCAAUACUAUAUUGAAUAGGAGUAGCGGGAGAGAGCAUCCUUGUCUAGUGCCAGUUUUUAAAGGGAAUUCUUCUAAUUUUUGCCCAUUCAGUAUGAUAUUGGCUGUGGGUUUGUCAUAAAUAGCUUUUAUUGUUUUGAGAUAUUUUCCAUUGAUAACUAGUUUGUUGAGAGUUUUUAGCAUAAAGGGCUGUUGAAUUUUGUCAAAGGCCUUCUCUGCAUCUAUUGAGAUAAUCGUGGUUUUUGUCUUUGGUUCUGCUUAUGUGGUGAAUUAUGUUUAUGGAUUUGCGUUAUGUUGAACCAGACUUGCAUCCCUAGGAUGAAGCCUAUUUGAUUGUGGUGGAUAAGCUUUUUGAUAUGCUGUUGGAGGCAGUUUGCCAGUAGUUUACUGAAGAUUUUUGCAUCAAUGUUCAUCAUGGAUAUUGGCCUGUAGUUUUCUUUUUUAGUUGAGUCUCUGCCAGAUUUUGGUAUCAGGAUGAUGAUGGUCUCAGAGAAAGAGUUAGGAAGGAUUCCCUCUUUUUGUAUUGUUUGGAAUAGUUUCAACAGGAAUGGUACCAGCUCCUCUUUGUAUGUCUGGUAGAAUUCAGCUGCGAACCCGUCUGGACCUGGAUUGUUUUUGGUUGGUAGCCUAUCAAUUGCUGCCUCGACUUCAGACCUUGUUACUGGUCUAUUCAGGGUUUCAACUUCGUCUUGGCUUAGGCUUGGGAGUGUGCAAGUGUCCAGGAAUUUAUCCAUUUCUUCCAGAUUUACUGGUUUAUGCACAGAGUUGUUUUGGUAAUCUCUGAUGGUAGUUUGUAUCUCCAUGGAAUCAGUGGUGAUCUCCCCUUUAUCGUUUUUUAGUGCAUCUAUUUGAUUCUUCUCUUUUUCCUUUUUAUUAGUCUAGCUAGCGGUCUAUUUUGUUGAUCUUUUCAAAAAACUAGCUCCUGGAUUUAUUGAUUUUUCGAAGGCUUUUUUUUAAUGUCUCUAUCUCCUUCAGUUCUGCUCUGAUCUUAGUUAUUUCUUGUCUUCUGCUAGGUUUUGAGUUUUUUUUUUUUAAUCUUGCUCCUCUAGCUCUUUCAAUUUUGAUGACAGGGUGUCAAUUUUAGAUGUUUCUCAUCUGGGCAUUUAUUGCUAUAAAUUUCACUCUAGACACUGCUUUAAAUGUGUCCCAUGGUAUGUUGUGUCUUCAUUCUCAUUCGUUUCAAAGAACAUUUUUAUUUCUGCCUUCAUUUCAUUGUUUAUCCAUUUGUCGUUUAGGAGCAAGAUGUUUGGUUUCUAUGUGAUUGUGUGGUUUUGAGUGCUUUUCUUAAACCUGAGUUCUAAUUUGAUUGUGCUGUGGUCUAAGAGACUGUUUGUUAUGAUAUCCAUUCUUUUGCCUUUGCUGAGGAGUGAUUUACUUUGAAUUAUGUGGUCAAUUCUGGAGUAAAUGCAAUGUGGUGCUGAGAAGAAUGUGUAUUCUGUGGAUUUGGGGUGGAGUGUCCUGUAAAUGUCUAUAAGGUCUGCUUGGUUCAAAACUGUGUUCAAGUCUUGGAUAUCCUUGUUGACUUUCUGUCUCAUUGAUCUGUCCAAUAUUGUCAGUGGAGGGUUAAAGUCUUCCACUAUUAUUGUUUGGGAGUCUAAGUUUCUUUGUGGGUCUUUAAGAACUUGCUUUAUGUAUCUGGGUGCUCCUGCAUUGGGUGCAUAUAUAUUUAGGAUCGUUAGCUCUUCUUGUUAUAUUGAUCCUUUCACCAUUAUGUGAUGCCUUUCUUUGUCUCUUUUGAUCUUUGUUGGUUUAAAGUACAUUUUAUCAGAGACUAGGAUUGCUGCCCCUGCUUUUUUCUGCUCUCCAUUUGCUUGGUAGAUCUUCUUCCAUCUCUUUAUUUUGAGUCUGUGUGAGUCUUUGCAUGUGAGAUGGGUCUCCUGAAUACAGCACACCAAUGACUUUUUAUCCAGUUUGCCAGUCUGUGUCUUUUGAUUGGGGCAUUUAGGCCAUUUUCAUUCAACAUUAAUAUUGUUAUGUUUGAAUUUGAUCCUGCCAUUUUGUUACUGGCUGGUUGUUUUGCCCGUUAGUUAAGGUGGUUUCUUCAUUACAUCAUUGUUCUUUUUUUUUUAAAUUGUACCUUAGUUCUAGGGGACAUACACAGAUCAUGCAGGAUUGUUGCAUAGGUACACACAUGGCAAUGUGGUUUGCUGCCUCCAUCCCCCAUCAGCUACAUCUGGCAUUUCUCCUCAUGUUAUCCCUCCCUGACCUCCCUAUCCCACUGCUGUCCCUCCCUUGACCCCCACUCAACAGACCCCAGUGUGUGAUGUUCCCCUCCCUGUGCCCAUGUGUUCUUAUUGUCCAUCACCUGCCUAUGGGUGAGGAGAACAUGCGGUGUUUGAUUUUCUGUUCUUGUGUCAGUUUGCUGAGAAUGAUGGUUUCCAGAUUCAUCCAUGUCCCUACAAAGGACAUAAACUCAUCAUUUUUCAUGGCUCCAUAGUAUUCCAUGGUGUAUAUUUGCCACAUUUUUUUUGUCCAGUCUAUCGUCGAUGGGCAUUUGGGUUGGUUUCAGGUCUUUGCUAAUCAGUGCCGCUAUGAACAUAUGUGUGCAUGUGUCUUUAUAACAGAAUGAUUUUUUAAUGAUCACCUUUCUAACUGGCAUGAGAUGGUAUCUCAAUGUGGUUUUGAUUUGCAUUUCUCUAAUGACCAAUGAUGAUAAGCAUUUUUUCAUAUAUUUAUUGGCUGCAUACUUGUCGUCUUUUGUAAAGUGUCUGUUCAUAUCCUUUGCCCGCUUUUGGAUGGGUUAGUUUUUUUUCUUGUAAAACUGCUUUAGUUCUUUGUAGAUUCUAGAUAUUAGCCCUUUGUCUGAUGGGUAGAUUGCAAAAAUUUCUUCCCAUUCUGUUGGUUGCUGGUUUACUCCAAUGAUUUUUUCUUUUGCUGUACAGAAGCUCUAAAGUUUAAUUAGGUCCCCUUUGUCUAUUUUGGCUUUUGGUGUUUUAGUCAUGAAGUCCUUGUUUGUGCCUAUGUCCUGAAUGGUUUUGCCUAGGUUUUCUUCUAGAGUUUUUAUGGUGUUAGGUCUUAUGUUUAAGUUCUUCAUCCAUGCGGAGUUAAUUUUAGUGUAAGGUGUCAGGAAGGGGUCCUGUUUCUGCUUUCUGUACGCUGCUAGCCAGUUUUCCCAACACCAUUUAUUAAACUGGGAAUCCUUUCCCCAUUGCUUGUUUUUGUCAUGUUUGUCAAAGAUCAGAUGGAGUGGACCUCCAGCAGUCCUGCAGCAGAGGGGCCAGACUGUUAGAAGGAAAACUAAGAAACUGAAAGAAAUAACUUCAUCAUCAACAAAAAGGAUGUCCACUCAGAGACCCGAUCAGAAAGUCACCAACUACAAAGACUACAGGUAGAUAAAGCCAGUAAGAUGGGAAGAAACCUGCGCAAAAAGGAUGAAAACACCACAACCUAGAAUGCCUCUCUUCCUCCAGAGGAUCACCACUCCUCACUAGCUAGGGAUCAAAGAUGGAUGGAGAAUGAAUCUGAUGAACUGACAGAAACAGGCUUCAGAAGGUAGGGAAUAACAACCUUCUCUGAGCUAAAAGAACAUGUGGGAUUACAGACCCUGCUUAACUGGGGAUCACCACGGGGUCUGCAGAACAGUAAGGUUUGCUGCCAGUUUCUUCUUCUGUUAUCUUCAUCCCAUAAGGGUACCUGCCAGAUGUUGGCCUGAGCUCUCCUUUAUGAGGUGUCUCUUUGGGUAUAUGGGGGUUGGGGAGCUGCUUGAGGAGACAGUCUUUCCAUUAUAGGAGCUCAAGUGCUGUGCUGAGAACUCCGUUGUUCUGUGCAGAGAUGCUAAACAGGUAUUUUAAGUCAGCUGCAGCAGAACUCAUAACCACCUCUUUUCCUAGGUGUUCUGUCCUAGGAAGGGUGGCUUUAUUUAUAAGUUCCUGUCAUGCUGCUGCCUUUUUUCAUAGAUGCCCUGCCCCACACAGAGUAGUCUAGUCACAGUCUGCCAGCAGAGGUGUUGCUGAGCUGCCACACACUCUGCCCAGCUGCUGUGUGAACUGCCUCAGUAGUGGUAGUCACCCUUCCCCCUACUGAGCUGGACUGUCCUGGGUUAAGCUGCACUUGCUGCAAAACUCUCAAUCCAGAGCAUUUCAGAUUGCUUGUUUUGUGGGGGUGGUACCUGCCAAGCCAGAUUGCCUGGCUCCCUGUCUCUGUCCCCUCCCUUUCGGUUGAAUGGGUGGCUCUGUCUCCCAGGCAUUCCGGGUGCCAGUUGAAAUGGCCGCCCAGAUUUAUGUGAGUUUCUGUAUGCCAAGCUGGUGCUGAAAAC